AUGACAAAAGAAAAGUUGUUGGAGCGUUGUAAAGAAGGAAACAGCGAUGACAAUCAAACUGAAUGCGAUGAUCACGAGGAUUUCUUAGAUGGGAAAUUUUACAGAUCGAGAGAGUUCUGGAUGAAGGUUCAUGAAAGGCAGAGUAUAGGGUUACCGUGGAAUAGAGCUAUAAAUGAAGUUAGAGUUGAAAGAAUUAUUCAGAAUUACAAAGAUAAUGGGGAACUGGACAGUGAGGAUCCAGCACUUGUGAUGUUGAAACAGUGGCCGGCGUCCAAACAGUACAAAGAUAGACCAGAUAAACUUCCAGGCCUUGAAAAGCUGGUGAAUGAAUUUUUGGAGAUAAUAUUAGAUAGUGAAUUGAACUCAGGUAACAAAUAUGAGCUAUUUAAAGAUGAAGAAGACAAAACAAAGAAAACUUUGCUGCACUUUGCUGCUGAAGUUGGACUUUUACAAAUCACCAAAACACUUUUAAAGAAAUGUCCUGGUCUGCUGGAUGCAACAACAGAACUUCAAAUAAUACCCAAGAAAAAAAGAGCCAUGUUACCAGUUGAGUUGGCCCUAAAUGCAGAGAAUGAUGAAGUGGCAGCCUAUUUAAUUAGAGCGAUGUGGCAUGAGAGUGUUACAAGUUUAUUUUCUUGGAGACCAGAAGACACAUCAAAUCCUUUACCAUCUUUCUUCAGUUUUAAGGCCAUUGUUGAGAAUCCUAAAAUGAAGAAAACAGUAGUGGCUGUAUUAGACCAAAUGGUGAACCCUCACUGGCCAUACCUUCCAAAACGGAAGGACAGUUAUGUCUCCCAAGAAGAAAAAGAGGGAAUUGAGGGAGUCUGGAAUACCAUUCCAGAGGAUCCACUAAACUAUCAUUUUUAUUAUGCUAUCUUGGAUGGUGAUGAGGGAGGGAGACCUCCAAAAGUUAAUAUGUUAUCAGAGGGACACAAAGAGUCAGAUAACAAAUAUUUCAACUGGAGAGACCAGUCAUGUUUAAACGUGAUUGCAAAGAGUAAUAAUAAGGAGGCCUUGCAACAUCCAGUGGUCAGAAUGUUGAUUAAGACAAAAUGGAAAAGUUAUGGGAAUUUUUUUCUCAGCCUUCAAACAGCACUGUAUGUUAUCUUCUUACUGUUCUUGUCAUAUUCUCUGCUGUAUGGUUCAACCAAACCAGACCCCACCCAGUACAGCAGUGGGGCAGACUUGUUGUGUGGAUUUUGUGAGAUUGUCACUCUUGUCAUGGUGGUCUUUUACAUGUGUGAAGAAAUGAAUCAAAUGAGAAUAGAGAGGUAUUCCUACUUCUCAGAGUGGAUGACCCUAUUUGACUGGUUAGGCCUGUUGCUGACCCUGUGUAUAGUACCCUUGCGGUUCUGUGGUAGCAAAGCUCAAUGGACAGUUGCAUCUUUGGCUAUUUUGUUUAAUUUCAUGAGGAUUUUUAAGUUCUCAUGUGUGACAAGGACUACAGGACUAUACACGAAAACCUUGGCUAAGAUCAUUCAGCAAGACUUGACAAGAUUCAUGGCAGUUUUUUUUACGAUUUUCCUUCCCUUCUGUGGGGCUUUAUUUUUAUCUCUCCGUUCAUCCAAUCAAAACCAAGAAUUAAGUGGCUUUGGAGAUGUAUUGUUGAGCGGUGUUCUUGCUCUCUUUGAGCAACGAUCUAUUGUGGCAGAUUAUUCAAGCUUCAAUUGGCUCUCCACUCUGUUGAUGCUAGCGUACAUGGGAACCGUACUUGUGGUUUUACUCAACAUACUCAUUGCACAGAUGAGCACGACCUACAUUCAGGCCAAGAAAGUCGCCCGUUUGGAGUAUGAUGUGGAUCGUAUUUUACAGCUCACUCGUAUUGAGAGAUUUCCUUUCCUGAAUUUACGCAUGAAGUAUUACAAAGAGGGAGAAUGGAUCAGUGAAAAGAAACUUGCGGAAGAGCUCCUUGAAUUCAGUGAAGAUCACAAUCCUUGGGAAUCAGUGGAAGAAAAGCUUAACGCGAUAAGAGAUGUGAUGAGAAAGAUGGUAAAACAGAUGAGACCUGAAAGAGGGUGA